AUGGAAGAAACACUGAGCGAGCGAUCAAUAGUUGUUAGUUUUCGCCCGUCGACUGGCAAACUUUUUGAUUGUAGUUUUGAUCCUACUCAAAUGACGGUACGGCAACUAAAAGAGAAGUUGGCUAGGGAAACUAGUAUACCGGCUGACAGUAUGAGACUUGUGUACUCUGGACGAAUUCUAAAAGAUGAGGAUAUGGUAGAUUCAUAUGGUGUAAAAGAAGGUCAUACAGUACAUGUGGUGCGGGGGGCAGCGAACCAGGCCGCCGAGCAGGCUGCUGCUAAUUCUUCGGCAUCAGGUUCAAACUCUAAUAAUUUCGAACAAGAUUUAAUGAGAGGAAUGAUGAAUUCACCAAUGAUGAGGCAAAUAUUGUCAAAUCCAGAGAUAGUAAGAUCAAUGGUAAUGCAAAAUCCAACGAUGCGACAAAUGAUUGAAAGAAACCCUGAAAUUGGUCAUAUAAUCAACGACCCAUCCUUUAUUCGUCAGACGAUGGAUAUGGCACGCAACCCUGAACUCAUGAGAGAGAUGAUGCGGAACAACGAUCGGGCAUUGGCAAAUUUGGAAACCAUACCCGGCGGAUUUAAUCAUCUCCGUAGAAUGUAUCAUACUUUACAAGAACCAUUAGAAUCUGCAGGGCGUCAUGCAAAGGCUGCAAACCAGCGUCUUGCACAAAUGUUAAACGUUGAAAGCCCGCCAGAGGGACGAAUAAAUAGCACGCCUCUUCCUAAUCCAUGGGCACCCCGUAAUCAGAAUAAUAACGGAUCUUCACCCACAACAACUGGUUCAUCUUUAUCUCAGACAAAUCCUUUUGGUGGAAUUCCAAAUUUUGGCUUUGGAUUCCCUGCGGGCAUAUUGAAUUUUACGACACCUAUUGGCGAUCGCUCCACAUCAUCAACUAACCAGAGCACCACGUCACAAACCAAUCAAACAUCACAAACAAAUAAUUCAUCAUCCACAACAACACCAUCAUUUUCAUCUCCCUCUGAUCCAGAUUUUAUCCGACGGUUUCAACAAGUCAUGCAACGAUAUACUUCAUCCCCUCAAUAUUUAUCACGGCAGCAAAUGCACCAACAGAAUUUUUAUCCGACAUCAUUAUUUGGUUCGCCCAAUCCUUUCUUUAUGAAUAUGCAACAGUCAUCUUUUGGAGCGCCACAACCCACAACCACACAACCUACGGAACCGCCGGAAAUCCGAUUUCGCUUACAACUCGAACGACUACAAGAAAUGGGUUUUGUGGAUCAAGCAGCGAAUAUUCGUGCUUUGCUAGCCGCUGGUGGCGAUGUGAACUCGGCCAUCGAAUGGCUCUUGCAAAAUCCUAAUUCAUGA